GGAUGGUCACCACACCUUCCUUUUGUUGUGAACCAGUCGGAGCCGACAACCUGCUGCGUCACAAACUCGAAGUGAAUAAAUAAGAGCUGCUCCCUAAAAGUUUUCAUCAGGACUCACCCACUUUUCACUGUCGAACACUCAGAAUCACUGACAUCAACAUGGAGAGAGCCAUCGCCGCCACCGAAGCCACCCAUGACGCCGCCGCAGCCACUGCCGCCGCCGCCACCACCGCCGCUGAAGCCAACGCCCUCGCCGUAGCUGCCGCCGCCGCCGCCACCGCCGCUGAAGACACCGCCUUCGCCGCCGCUGACGCCGCCGCUGUCUCCGCCGAAGCCAACGCCGCCGCAGAAGCCACCGCCGCCGCCGCCACCACCGCUGCUGAAGCCAACACCGCCGCCGAAGCUGCCGCUGCCGCCGCCACCGCCACCGCCGGCAAAGCCAUCGAAUUCGCCGCCGCCGCCACCGACACGCUAAAUGAAAUCGAGAUCGAGAGGGGAUGGAAAGAAAUACGACGACAACAAAACGAACACCAUCCCUACGAUGGCACCUUCGACCUCGAUGGCAACUUCUACCGUGAUAGCGAUAGCGACGACGACGAUGAGUAAGGAUCGUGGUCGUCUUGAUGUGGGAUCAUGUGAACAUCUGAGCAGCAAGAUGUUACCAAUCUGUUGAAUAAACCUGAGAAGCUGUU